AUGCUAGCGUCGCUGGUGUUCAACCGUUUCCUGUACGGCGAGUGGUACACGGUGCAGGCCGAUAAGCAGGCGCGCGCGGAUAAGAUGUGCUACGGCAAGAAGUGCGUAAUGAUGCCGAUGCUGGUGCUGCUCGGUCUUGCGUGCAGUGCCUUCAUCACUGACGUGGUUCUGCACUUGCGCUACCGCUCGUACUGCCAGAAGGCGCUGUCAGAGCGCGCGCGUCUGCGUGAGGAGGCGAAGUGGUUUCCGGAUUGCUAG